AUGAACGGAACCCCACUUGAAAAAAACAGCACAUCUGUCGAAACGGUCGACACUGUUGAAUAUAACGGGAGCUUUUCAGAAGAGACGGAUGAUUGGAGUGUGGUCUCUGCCAUCACCUUUUUCGACGAUGAAGAAGAAGAUGAUGGUGAAGAAGAAAUAGUACUCUACACCUCCGAUCGAAGGCAGUACAAAGAACGAGUAUGGUCAUCCCCGGAUCCAACCCUCGCAUCGCCGGAUUCUCCUCGCCGAUUUGAUCGGUUCUCGAGCCAUUCCGAUCACGGAGACGAAGUGCCAUGCCGCAUGCCUCGACGAAGGUUAUCCACAGGAUUUUCAAGCCCAGCCCCCAAAUGCAGCAGUGGUAGCAGUUCUUCUUCUUCUUCUAACAGCUGCGACAGCUUUGACAGCUUUGCCGCAUGCAGUGAAGCAGCAUCGUCGUUAGACCUUGCUGACAUCAUUGAAGAUCGAUUUGCAGAUCGAUACAAUGUCUCACGGUUGUUGUUGGUCGGGCGAUGA